AUGAUCCAACCUCCCAUGUACCUGUUCCGCCUUCACCUUAGCCGCCUGAACGGCGGCGUCCGCAGCCUCAAUCCACUGAAAGGAGGGAUGAAGGAGGCUGCUUUGGGAGUGACGGCAAGGCGACAGAGGGAGGAGGGAGAUGACAAAGCGGCGAAGCGUGGCGGUGAGCCAGAGUGCGACGAGGGUGAAGAGGAACGGUGUCCUAAUUUCCCAGAGGAACUGGUCGCAGUGGUGGAAGAGGUUGGUGAAGUGCCGGGAGUGGAGGACGUUGGUGAGGAGUUGGGAGAGUUGGGCGCAGGUGUUUGGCGAGUCCUCACGAUUCAGCGCCGAUGCGUCCCUGAAGGUGAAGCCGUAAUUGUACAACGUCGAGGCCAUGCCGCCCUGGCACACAGGUGUCGCCGUGAAGGCACGUACGGCAUCCCCAGUCGUGGCAGGAGAUACUGCAGAGGGCGCCGUGUAGACGCUCAAGGUGCUGCCACAGCUGCCAUGGGAGGUAUACGGCCCAUGAGAGAUAGAGGUCGGAGUGCCUGUGGGCGAGAUGGUUGUAGACGUCGUGGCAGAGCGAUGAGAGAAGUUGUGGGUUGCGAGAUGCUUGAGGUGGUGGUGCUGGCAGUCUGCGUGGUCGACGGAGCCGGCGCCGUAGGCGUGGGUGAGGGCGGCGACAAGGCCACCGGUCUUGUAGAGGCCGAGUGA